AUGAAUGAUAACUUGAAGAAGGUCUCUGUAAUGUUUCUUCGCAACGCUAUCAGUCGUAUUCUCUCAGACCGAGAUAUUAAAAGAAAGGAACAUGCUCAACUUCGAAAAGCUUGUGAACAGGCUUUAGAGGAGCUGAAAAUAGCUGAAAAAAAUCAGCAGAUUGAAACGUCAAGCGGCAUAUUACCCUCUCAAGACCAAUUUGUACAUGCUGAUCGUUAUUUUUUGCCGUUUGAUCUUGCUUGUCACUCUAAGUGCCCAAGGAUCAUUAUUAUCGCGCUAGAUUGUUUACAGAAAUUGAUAGCUUAUGGUCACUUAGUAGGUAAAGGCCCGGACGCUGCAAAUCCAGAAAGGCUUUUAAUUGACAGAAUAGUUGAGGCCAUUUGCGUCCCAUUUAUUGGCCCAAAUACGGAUGAUGGUGUUCAGCUACAAAUUUUGAAGGCGAUACUUGCAGUUGUGUUAGCACCGACAUGCGAAGUUCAUGAAGCUUCUUUACUGUUAGCUGUGCGAACAUGCUUUAAUAUUUAUCUCGCUAGCCGUAGCCCUAUUAAUCAAACUACAGCAAAAGCAUCCUUAACGCAGGUAAUCAACGCGGCGUUUGGAAGCAUGCAGAAAGCUUUCGAAGAGCAUAAUGAAAAAACUGUUAGUGAUGAACAGGUUGUAAAAAAUCUUGUUGAGUCGCUUGUUGAUCAGGUUGUUUCCCAUAUCGAACCAAAUACAUCUGUUGCAAGCAGUCAUCACAGUUCUUUUGCUUCGGUAGUUAUUAAUACAAGUUUACAGGCAAUGUCCGCUGAGGUAUCUUUGCCGGCUUUGCGAAUGUUAAAUCCAGUUUCGUUAGCGUCUGACUCUGCUGACACUAUUCAUGAUGAUGUUCCUACAGCGCAGUUACACUUUCGAUCCUUACAGGAAAAAGAUGCUUUUCUGUUAUUUCGCGCUUUAUGUCGACUUUCUACUAAGUCGUUGCCAGAUAAACCCGAUCCCAACAGUCAUGAACUUCGUUCAAAAGAACUGUCUCUUGAAAUGCUUCUUCUGAUUGUGCAAAACUCAUCUUCCUUAUUACACACUUCACAGCCGUUUAUUCUCGCUUUACGCCAUUAUCUCUGUGUUUCGUUGUCGAGAAAUGGAGUGUCGCCUAUAGUUACAAUAUUCGAGAAAUCACUUGCAAUUUUUGUGCAGUUGGUCAAUAAGUUCAAAAUGCACUUGAAAGUACAAAUUGAGGUAUUCUUUAGAGAAAUAAUUUUUUCUAUUUUGGAAAGCAGCUCAAGUUCAUUUGAACAUAAGUGGAUUGUGGUAAAUACAUUAGAAAAAAUUUGCGAAGAUCCUCAAAGCGUUGUUGAUAUUUAUGUAAAUUAUGAUUGUAACCUUACUGCUGCCAACAUAUUCGAACGGAUUAUUAAUUCACUUUCAAAAAUAGCUCAAGGUGGUGCAAUAACUGACUAUGGCAGCUCAGCAGCGCUACUGCAACGACAAAGGGAAAGGUCAAUGCGAAUACUUGGCUUAAAGUGUUUAGUGGAGUGUUUACAGUGCAUGGUUGACUGGUUUGAUGAUGUAUCCUUUUUUCUGAGUUAUCCUUUUUCAGUUUUAGACGGUGACAGUGUUGAAGGGGUCACUGUUGAAAAUGGAGCGCAGCCAUCAUCUCCUACUGUUUCGCAGUUCGAGCAGCUGAAACAGAAAAAAGAGACGAUGGAGCACGGCAUUCAGCUAUUUGCACGGAAACCAAUGCAAGGGUUGAAAUUCUUGCAAGAGCGAAAUCUAGUCGGAACAGAUCCUGAAGAUAUUGCUGCUUUUUUCCACCGAGAAGAUCGGCUUGAUAAGUCUGUUGUGGGAGAUUUCAUGGGUGACGGUAAAGACUUUAAUAAGCAAGUUAUGUACGCCUAUGUCGACCAGCUAGACUUUUCAAAUCGAGAUUUUGUGGCGGCUCUGCGUUUGUUUCUAGAUGGAUUCCGACUUCCCGGUGAGGCGCAAAAAAUUGAUCGUCUUAUGGAAAAGUUCGCAUCGCGCUAUUGCGAGUGUAACCCACAUUUGGGUUUAUUUGCGUCCGCAGACACUGCAUACGUCCUGGCUUAUUCAAUUAUAAUGCUUACUACGGAUUUACAUAGUCCUCAAGUUCGUAGUAAAAUGACCAAGGAACAGUAUAUUGCGAUGAAUAGAGGUAUCAACGAUCAGUCCGAUCUGCCUCAGGAGUACCUCUCUGAUAUCUAUGAUGAAAUUGCUGGCAAUGAAAUAAAGAUGAAACCGGGUCACAAUAGGUUGCCUAAAAAAAGUGCUUCUGCGACAACAGAACGCCAACGUAAACUGUUACAAGAUCUGGAAUUAGCAGAAAUGUCACAAACUGCAAAGGCUUUGAUGGAAGCCGCUUCACAUUACGAAGCGACUUUUACUUCUGCUUCUCAUUACGAACAUGUGCGCCCAAUGUUUAAGAUUGCGUGGACUCCUUGUUUGGCUGCUUUUAGUAUAGGUUUGCAAACAUCAGAAGAUGCAGAAAUCAUUUUGUGGUGCUUGCAAGGCUUUCGUUUGGGGAUUAGAGUGGCUUGUCUGUUUCGUCUUGCAUUGGAAAGAAAUGCAUACAUUCAGGCUUUGGCUAGGUAA